AUGGAGGCUUUGUUAGACCAAGAUUCGUCUCAAACUGAAGAGGAGCCUCCUGAAACCGUGGGAAUGACUCGACAAGCGAUUUCAAGCCGUCUCAAGGCUAUGGUGCAAAAAUGUGGAAGUUGGAUUCCGUACGAAUUCAACCCAGGAGACGUCGAACACCGUUUCUUCACGUGCGAACAACUGCUCCAAGAGCAAUAUCGAAAUAGUUUCUUGCACUUAGUCAUGACAAGGGACGAAAAAUGGAUCCACUACGAUAAUCCAAAGCUCAGAAAAUCGUGGGGUCAGUCAGGCCGUGCAUCUGCUUCAGCUCCCAAACCGAAUAUUAAAGGCGUCACCCCACGAAUCUGA